AUGGUUAAAAUAACUACAACUGCCAACAGACAAGAGCUAAUACUAAAUGAAGCUUCCUCUAACAAACCUAAGGUGAAAACCAAACAAGCUCUCACCUAUUUAUAUCGUUGUUUCCGAAUUUUGGGUCUCUAUCGUACGGAAAAAUAUAAAUAUGCUUAUAUACUUUAUAGCAUAUUUAUACACUGCAGUGUAACCAUAUUUUUGCCGGCUUCUUUUAUAGCAAGCUAUUCUCUGGAAUCAAAUAGAAAUUUAGACUAUGACACUCUCUUCACCUCCAUACAAGUGGCCAUUAAUGUUUUUGGUUGUUCGCUGAAAAUCUGCAUGCUAUUGUAUUUCAUACCACAUCUGCUGACAGCCGAACCUAUACUAGACAAAUUGGAUGAACGUUGUUUGGCCGAGGAUGAAACAGAAUUGUUGUUUAAGAUUAAAAAUCUAGGACGUAAAUUGGUGGUUAAUUUCUCUAUAACAUUUUGGAGUUAUGCCACCUCUACAUUUAUAGUUUCCAUGUUGGCUGGUCAUCCUCCUUAUUCGUUAUAUUUACCGUGUAUUAAUUGGCGCAACUCUACCUGGGAAUAUUUUGUAGCUUCAUUUAUAGAGUUUCUACUUAUGGAUGCUGCCUGUUUUCAGCAAGUGGCCAAUGAUUCCUAUGCUGCUGUUUAUGUUUGUAUUUUAAGGGCUCAUGUUAAUAUUUUGCGCUUAAGAAUAAGAAAACUAGGAGCAGAUGACACAAGAAGCCUUUUGGAAAAUGAGCAGGAAUUGAAAAUGUGCAUUAGGGAUCAUAAACAUUUGAUCGAAUUAUAUCAAAUCAUUUCACCUGUUAUUUCCGCCACUAUAUUUCUACAAUUCACCAAUACCGCUGGCAUUUUGGGCAUUACUCUUAUUAACAUGUUGAUCUUUGCUCGUGGUUAUUCUUCAAUUAUUGCUUCAGGCUUUUAUGUUCUAGCAGUGGUAGUGGAGAUCUUUCCCUUGUGCUAUUAUGCCAACUGUUUAGUUUGUGAUAGUGAUCUAUUAAGUGUGGAAAUAUUUCAUUCUACCUGGAUCCCACAAAAUUCACAUUAUCGCAAAAUGUUGAUAUUUUUCAUGCAUCGUUCUCAGCAAACUAUGCAAUUGAUGGCUGGAAAAAUGUUUCCCAUUAAUUUGAAUAGUUUUAUCAGUAUUGCCAAGUUUUCCUUUUCACUUUAUACUCUUAUCAAAAAAAUGGGCAUUAAGGAGAGAUUGGGUUUGCAGUGA